GGAGCGCGGCUAGUCCUUGCAGAUUCCAAAGCCGAGCCGCGUCUUCUCUAUGGUUCUCUUAGUUGCUAAGAGACGGACACGUCCGCUUACACGCGCUGCCCUAGCAACACAACGGUGAGCUUCAACCGUUCCCAAAAAGUUCUUUUAAGAUUCUGGUUUAGGAUCUGGAGUAACCAUGCCUGUUCCAGAUGUUAUGUUCUGUGCACAGCAGAUUCAUAUUCCUCCUGAACUGCCAGAUAUUAUGAAGCAGUUUACCAAGGCUGCUAUUAGGACCCAACCACGUGAUGUACUCCAGUGGUCUUAUGGAUAUUUUUAUGCUAUGUCAAAGGGAGAACCACUUCCUGUGAAGGAACGUGUUGAACUGCCAGUGGCCACACAGAAAAAUGACACAGGUCUGACACCAGGACUCCUUAAAAUUUUGCAUAAACAGCUUUCUGAAAAGGGAACUAUAGAGACAUCAGAACUCCAGAAAAAAUGGAAGAACUUAUGCUUGCCAAUGGCACAGCUGUACAACCUCCUGCACCUGGACAACUUUGUAGAUGGAGUGGAAUGGAUGAAAUUUUUUGCACUUGGUUGCAGUGCGCUUGGUGGGUCUUUGCUCAGUUCCAUGAAGCAUGCCUGUGAAAUUCUAACAAAUGAUCCAGAGGGAGGAGCAGCCCGCAUUCCAUAUGAUACCUUUGCAUAUAUCUAUUCCUACCUGUCAAGCUUAGAUGAGGAAAUAUCGGAGGAAUCUGUAGAGUCUUUCCUCAGAGCUCUUAAAGAAGAAGUGUCAUGUAAGGAAUAUAUGGUUGGAGUUGCAGAUUUUUCUUCUGUGCAGAAGAAGUUUUAAGACAAGAAAGGCAACAAUGAUAAAACUUCAGUACUCUAACUAAUACAAAAUAAUGAAAUAACAUAUUGUACACAUGUAAUACAAACUUUUGUUAAUAAUAUUCCACAUGCAGUCUGUUUUUGUGUUCAUAAAGUGAUAGUAAUGAAGUAAUGCCUCACCAUUUGA